AGUCGUCACCAUCAUGAUCUAAUCCAGCCUUUGCUUCGUGCUCCUCCGGCUUCAUCAGAGUGGGCAGACGAGCACGAGAUUCUCGAACUCCGAUUCCUUCGAUAUAUCUAGCAGGAAGGGAUGGAUUAGAAUAAGAGCUAAGGUCAGGAACUGUCCAGAUUUUCGAUUGCAGUCGGUGUCGAGACGGGGUGUGCGAGAUUUCAGUGUGAAAGUUGCAUUGGAGCAGCUGUAAGUGCGAUUAUACGGCAGCGACAAGGCCCUUUCAAUAUCUUUUCACAAGCUUGUGACGCUGUCGUGUUAAUGUUUGCAUAACGUCACAUUGGGGAAGGAUCAUUUUAAGACUGCGGCAGUGUUGGUAUUUUGAUUUCUUGUUAUGCUGGUCACGUGUCGGAAUUUGAGCUCAGAUUGUAAUUGAGUGAUGAGUCGAGGUGCAACGGUUUUGUUAAUGGAGAUGCAAACACAAGAGAUCUGUUGAUUUCGGCAGAAAACAUGGAAGAGAUUUGAGUAUAUGUGCGAACUCUUUUGCCAAUUGCUUCAGUUUUGGAGUCAACUAGUGUUUCCGAACCCAUGGCGACUAAUAUAUUUCAUCUUCAAUUUGCGACUGUUGUCUUGGUACUCACGGCGAUUUGCGCUGAUGGGUGGGAGAGUUGCCCAAAGAAAGAAAAAGGGAUGUGUAGUAUGGUCCUGGACGGGACCGGCUACGCUUGUAGAGAGUACACGGUAGAGACGGAGGACGGGUUCCUGUUAGGGUUGCAGAGAAUAUCACCAGCAAUUGAGAGGUCGAAUGUAACGAAAAGGCUUCCUGUGGUGUUACAGCAUGGGUUACUUCAAGGGGGCGACAACUGGGUCCUGAAUUUCCCUGGUCAGUCGCUGGGUUUUAUUCUUGCGGACGAGGGCUUCGAUGUGUGGAUUGCGAAUGGACGUGGUACGAGAUGGAGCCAUGGACACAGGAGGUAUUCUAAACACGACAGAAGAUACUGGGACUGGACUUGGGAUGAGCUCGCUCAGUACGAUCUCCCCGCCUUGUUUGAGUUUAUCAUGACAGCCACCGGGUCGAAGGUGUUCUACGUCGGGCAUUCGCAGGGGACAAUAACAGGAUUAGCAUCAUUCACGCAUCAAGCUGUGACGGACAUGUUGGCAGCGGCGGCGUUGCUAAGUCCCAUCUCAUACCUCGACCACAUCUCAUCGAAGUUCAUCAACAAUGCCGCACUCUAUCACAUCGACAUUUUGGUGAAGUCCAUGGGUUUUCGCGAAUUCAACGUCCGGAAUGAGGUGGGAGUGCAGCUAAUGGACAGGGUGUGUCAAGAAAUAGACUGUCGUGACCUCUUGGCAACCAUCACUGGCCCUAACUGCUGCUUCAACCGUACUCGCAUCCCCUACUACCUUCAAUUUGAGCCUCACUCCACUUCUUUGAAGAAUCUGGCUCAUUUGGCGCAAAUGAUAAGGAGAGGGACUUUCUGUAAGUACGACUAUGGCUACCUAGGCAAUUUACAGCACUACCAAAGCUUAUUCCCCCCAGCUUAUGAUCUUACCGCUAUCCCGAGAUCUCUGCCUCUGUGGAUGGCGUAUGGAGACAACGACGCUUUGGCCGACCCUGUCGAUGUUUUACGCACUGUCAAGCAGCUCCGGAGGAAACCAGAGAUUGUAGUGCUGCCUGAUUACGGUCACCUAGACUUCAUUUUCAGCAUUAAUGCAAAAGGGGAUUUGUAUGAUAGCAUGAUCGCUUUCUUCAGAUCUCAUGCGGAUCGUUGUGAACAAGACAUCACUCAAGUUACUCGAGUUCCAGAAUCAUCUGUCUAGUGCCUGAAACUAGUGGUUAGUUUGAUUCUGACCUCUCUUAGGUAUGCUUGUGGCGUUAUAAAUCCUCUAUUUUCUCCACACAAAUGUCAAUAACUCCUCUGGAUUUUAAUCUCUGCAUAGUCCUUAGAUGAGUAGAUUAGACCUUAUGAUCGUGUACGAAUAUUUAUUUAGUGCGCCUAUAGGCUGUUCUCGAUUCCAAGAUUGUUUUUACAUCUAGACGCACCUAAUAAAGGACAUUUUUGGAAUACCUUCCUUA